GUGAAAGGCCUUGCGGUAUAUUAAGAGGAGAAAUAGCAGACGAUCCACCAGUCCGAGAAGCAAGGCCUGUUCGCAAGCUUCGACUCAUUUUCUUCCCGAGGGAGCAUCAUGGGUCCAUUUCUCAUUGGAAAUAUUUUCGUCGCGUUCCUGGUGUCCGCUACGGUUGGGGCGCCGACGAAUAUCAAUCUGCUAUACGAUCGUCAGACGGGACAAUAUUACAUGCCCUUGUACGGUAAAAUGUACCGGAUCCAGCGUUCGGACCAGGAGGUUUUGAGUGCAUCCGAAGAGAGUGCGAGUUACAGCGAUUUCCACGGAAGUGCUGAGGCUGCGGUCGGUUCCAACGAGUACGAAGGUCACCACCAGUUCCAAGGUCAUCAGCAGCUGGAGGCUCAGCACGGAGAGUCUUCCGGUUUCCAACCGUCUUUCGGGGGACACCAUUUGGGGGCGUCGGAACAAGCUCAUGAGUUUUCGAGCUUCGGAGGUCACGGCGGCGAUGGCGGAAGUCACGAAGAGCACGGAGGCGGCUUCGGCGGAGGUCACGAAGUGCACGGGGGCGGCUUCGGCGGAGGUCACGAAUUGCACGCUUCCGGACACGACACCGAGCACAAUCACGUCCACAGUAUUCCUGUCUCCGAACACGUAGAGGUCACCAAGCCCGUGGCUGUUCCUGUUUACAAACACAUCGGCAUUCCGGUUCCCCAACCCGUGAAAAUUCACGUGCCCCAUCCGGUGGCCGUUGGGGUACCUCAGCCCUACCCGGUCGCGGUUCCGGUAUCGAAGCCUUAUCCCGUACAAGUUAUCAAGACCGUAGCGAUCCCUGUUGAGAAGAAGGUGCCUUAUCCCGUGGAAAAACACAUCCCAAUACCCGUGGAAAAACCAGUGCCGAUUACGAUCGAGAGGCACGUGCCAGUUCCGGUAGAAAAACCCUAUCCAAUUAAAAUUCCGGUAUACAAAACGAUUCAUCACCACUCCAAGGGUCAUGUACGAGUCCACUCGAGCCACGGUCACGGUCAUGGCCGUUAAACAGCCUGCUAUUAAUAGUAGUUGAAGAAAAAUAAUAAUAAUAUUUAACUCUCAAAGAUGACGCAGUCGCUAGAAAAAGCCUACGAAACUUUUUAUUUUUUAUUUUUUUAUAAAAACGACCAAAAAUUCAAUCUUAACUGAAAACGCAUUUUUUGUUUUGCGACAAAGAAAAAAUAUUGGCUACAAAGUAUUUUUCAUCGAUCAACACUGAAAUUAAUGGGUUCAGGUUUCACCGGAACUCUCUCCCGUAUCUCGUCAUCGUAUAUUUAUGUAAAUAUUGUUAAUAUUAUUAUUGUUGUUAGCUGAUGUUGUUAUUUUUGUUAACUCUAUUAAUAUUUUUACGUGCUGUGUAUUUUUUGUGUUUUUUUGUACCCACUUUUUUUGUUUGUUCGCUGAG